AUGGAGCAUGCGGUAGAAACAAACUGCAUCGUCAUCGAAAAGGCUGAAGAACACGGCGUGCGCAGCUACAUUUUCUCUCCGUGCAUUGUCUAUGGAAAGGGAGAAGGCUUCGGAAACAAAGUCUCUAUUCAAACUGUCUGUGUCGUGAAGGCCGCCAAAGCUUUGAGGAAAGUUUACAAGGUUGACGAAGGACGACCGGAACUCCUACGCAAGAUCUUGGCUGGCGAGAAUCCGGGAUAUGGAAAGAAUGGUUACUAUCUCGCUUCCCCUGGCAGUGUCGCCUGGGACGACCUAUAUGGCGCGAUGGGAACUGCUCUUCUCAAACACAAGCUUGUGGACGACGAUACAGUAAUACCGGCAAGCGAAGAAAAUGUAGAGGCGAUGGCAGCCGCUCUAGGAGUUCCUAAAGAAUUCGUUGGAGUGUCUCUCGGUGGACUAUGCACCUUCACAGCCGAGCACGGGAAGCAGAUUGGAUGGACACCACAGUUUGCUGCGGAGCACAUUCUCGAAACGGCGCAUGAAGAAGUCGACUGGAUCUUGCAAAAUCUGUAG